AUGGCUCCCCCUCCUGAUAGCGAUCCACUGGUAGUGGGAUCGCUGUUCAAUUACCGGAACAGAAAAACUGUCGAUGUGCCCUGGGGAAUAUUAUACUUGAUCUUCUUAGUCCUGACCGUUGUUGGAGGAGUGUAUGGCAUCACCAACAGGAAUCGGGAGUUCUCAAAGGCCUUCGAGCAAGAUUACAUGGCAGACCCCAGGAACUGCCCUGCGCCCGGCCAUCAGUCACUCCUGAAGGAUGCCGAGCCUGAGAUCAUCGACCUGCCCAUGUUCUUCCGUCAGAUGUGUUCUCAUGCAGGCAGCGCUCUGGCUUGCAAUUUCGGCGGCGGUGUCUCAAUGGGGCCAUUUACUCAUAAUGUGGCACAGGUGGCGGCGCCUGCCGCGAUGGGGCUUGCGGUGCUGUUUGCCGGCCAGAUCGGGGGCGGCAUCAUGCUGUUGGGCCUGGCUGCGCUCGGCGCCCUUGCUUUCUACCUCUGGCGCAAUGAGAUUGAGCUGUGUGCGCGCCUACUUGGUGUGGCGGCGCAUGGCCUGCAUGAAAACCCGGGCCUGAUAUUUUUGGUGGUGGUGUCCAAGAUCGUUCUUGUGUUCCUUGUGCUCCCCAUCUUCGGCUUCCUCUUCGCCUCCUACACCAACGGAGGUGUCGUACCAAACGCGGAGCGUGUGGAGGUGACCGGGCGGGUGUGCAGGGACGAGCAGGGACAGGGCGUUCCCUGCUGCGCAUGGCAGGCAGAUUCGUGGGUGCCGCCUUACAUGUCAUUCGCGAGCGUGACCAUGCUGUGGACAGUGUUCCUCUUCGGCCAGUUCCGUAUCUUCACCAUCUCAGGCACCAUCGCGCAGUGGUAUUUUGCGCCGGCGGGAGCUGAGGACGCGUUGAAGGGGAGCACGUUGCGAACGGUGCGAUUCGCGAUUGGGCCGCAGUUUGGAACGCUCGCGCUCGGAGCAGCCGUGCUGACCGUCAUCCAGCUCAUGCGUCAGGCCCUGCAGCGGUGCGCGGCGCAGGAGCGGCGGCGGCAGCAGGGGGAGAGUCUAGCGACGCUGGUGUGGAGCCUGCUGGCGUGCUGCCUGCAGUGCAUCUGGGGCCUCAUCGAGUACAUCACCAAGUUUGCCACCGUGCGCGCGGCAAUUACGGGCGAGGCCUUCUUCACAGCCGGCCGUAAUGUCACGCAGCUGCUCACCCGCAACUUCCUCAAGGCCUAUGGUGUGUGGUGGUUCCCGCCGCUGGUGCUGCAGAUGGCUGCGUUUGCGCUGAGUGCCAUGUGGGGCGUCCUCAUCUUCGGCAUCUCCUUCUACGCAUGGCACUCCCAGGAGCACGCCCAAGCCGGUCCUCAAGGCGUCUGUUUAUGCGCGCAGCAAGCGGCGCUGUUGGGCGUGCUGUCGUUCUUCAUGGCGUGGGUGGUGACUGCCUUUUUCGCGGCGGUGCUGCUGGACAUUGUGGACGCCGUGUUCAUCUGCUACGCCAUGGACAAGGACACCCAAUCAGUCACCCGCCUCGAAGUGCACGAGGUCUUCUCUCAGGUUCCAGUGGGGGUGGCGGUGGAGCAGCCGGGAGGGGAGUACUCUUACGGAGCGCCCGUUACGGGCGGCUACGUACCGCCGUCGCACCCGGCGGCCGCUACGGGCGAAUACGGGGAGGUUCCCCCACCGCAGCUGGCGCGGCCGGGCCACUACUAUGACUCGAGCGCCCGCGUUUGA